GUUGGACUUCCACCACAGCUGUUUGGCCUCGAGGGUCCUUUUCCUAGCUUUCUGUGUGUAGUCAUAAUUACAGAGUUGGAACCAUGUUCCUGUCUGUUCCUCUUUAAGGAUAAUUCGGUCCUCGAGCAGUAGUGCAAAGAGCGUAUCCCACGGGUGGAGAUGGAGUUCUUGCCCGUCACAGGUGUUUCCGUCUGCGGGCCUGUGAGCACGAACCCGGAACCUAUAGCCUGGAAAGGUGACGCGAAAUCCCUUACGAUCAGUCUCCUGGACUACUUGGCCGAGUUCCGAGCCCGGCUCUGGUGUAAAGAACCUGACAGUGCGAUGAUUCAGAUCUAUCGAGGAAUCCAAGAACUGUCGUUCCGCGUACGGGUCAUCUGGGUUGUCCGUGGCCGAUGAC